AAAUUCCCAAUUUAUCCCUUCCCCCACUUUCCCCUUUGUAAUCAUAAGCUUGCUUUCUAUGUCUGUGAGUCUAGCAGAAAUCUACAUUUUUGAAAUGGCACCCAGAUUGAUAUUUAUUUUUUUUGAGUUCCUCUGACCACACUUUAGAAAUGCUGGCUAGGAAAAGAACACUGCAAAGGGAAAAACAAUGGGAUUAUAAAAAGAACUGGGUCCAGAAAAGUCAAGAAAGGAGAGAAAAAGGAACAGAACAGGUAGGAAUAUAGAAAGCACAGAAGAUGGUAAAAUUAAAUCCAAAUACAUAAGUGAUUAUGUUAAAUGCAAACAAAAUCAACUAUAUGCUAUUUAGAGAAACAGUAUAAAGUGUAAGUUGAAAGUAAAAGAAUGGAAAAAUAUGUCCCUGUGGAUACUUAAAAAAAAAUCUGUGACUAUAUUAUGAGGCAUGAGUCAAGAUAGACUUUAAAGAAAAUGCAGACAAGGCUGUUUGGAGCAAUUGUUUCCAUACAAAGGGGAAACAGAGGCACAGAGCAGGGAGGGGAUGGUCACAGACUGAGUCCAGGGCAGAAGCAAACAGGGUGAUGACCUAAAUUUUCCUGCUGCAUUUGUGCCGGGUUUGCAGCUGCAGGUGGCUUGAUGGUGGCACUUCUGGGUGGGACUUCUCCACUGGCAGCUGCAGCUGUGGGCAAGGACUUUAUUCUGAUAUAGAAUUCCUAGGAAUUGAAGGGGAAUCUGCCCACUGGCUACAGUGGCCCCAAAGACUGUCUGUGCAGCCACCUGGCACGCUGAGCAGUACAAGUAGGGUGGGGAAAGGGAGCCAGGAGCCCACUUGGUCCCACUGAAUGGGAGUGUGAGUUUGGUGAAACGGAGCAAAUCAGCAGGUGGACCUUGAGCCCCUAACCAGAAAGCAGCCUGGAGGGCUGUGAGUGGACAAGUAGUAACAGCCAUGGUGUUUGCCCUCAAGGAGCUUACAGUCUAGAAGAGGGGCUGUGUAUUCUAAUCAAAAUAAAUAUUUUGAAAAUCAGUCAGACGUGGAGGGCUUACCUGGCUGCUCGGACCAGCUGCCAUCUUGGCUGUGGUUACUUCUGACCUGGGCAUAGGGGGCUAAUGACGCCUUUGUGCGCUUAGUGGUGCAGUCAUAGUUUCCGUAAGAGUCGUUAACACGCACUCGCUUCUCUUAUCUAAAACAGCAUCCUUCAUCACAUAUUCGUCAUCCUUCCUCUUACCCACUUUGAUUUUCUUCUCAGCACUGAAUACCUGCUGCUAUUCUAAUACGUGUCUGUUUGCUUGUGAUCUGUCAUCCCCUCUAGACUGUAAGAACAUUGUCUGUUUUCUUGGCUCUCUCCCUAGUGCCUAGAACAGUGCCUGGUACUGUUGAAGGAAGAAUGACUUUGACAGUUGACUUAUGCUGGGCACUGUGCUAAGCGCUUCACAUACACGAUCUCAUCUUAUCCCAACAGCUUUUGAGGGUCUGGGGACAUGGCCCGGAGGGCUCUCAAGCUUGCUUCGUGGACCAGCAUGGCUCUUGCCGCCUCUGGCGUCUACCUCUACAGCAACAAGUACUUGGACCUCAACGACUUUGGCGCUGUCAGGGUGGGCAGAGCAGUUGCCACGACAGCUGUCAUCAGUUACGACUAUCUUACCUCCUUGAGGAGUGUCCCCUAUGGUUCAGAGGAAUACUUGCAGCUUCGAUCCAAGAAGCAGAACCAAGGAGAUGCAGGACUCUGCCAGGUAGAGAUCAAAAUGUCAGCUUUAUUACUGGUGCACCUUCGCUCUGCCAGGCGCCUUUGCGAGCUCUGCUGUGCCAACCGGGGCACGUUCAUCAAGGUGGGCCAGCACCUGGGGGCUCUGGACUACCUGCUGCCGGAGGAGUACACCAGCACGCUGAAGGUGCUACACAGCCAGGCCCCACAGAGCAGCAUGCAGGAGGUCCGCCAGGUCAUCCGAGAGGACCUGGGCAAAGAGAUUCAUGAUUUGUUCAUGAGCUUUGAUGACACCCCUCUGGGAGCUGCCUCCCUGGCCCAGGUCCACAAGGCGGUGCUGCAUGAUGGGCGGACGGUGGCCGUGAAGGUCCAGCACCCAAAGGUGCAGGCUCAGAGCUCAAAGGACAUUCUUCUGAUGGAGGUGCUCGUCCUGGCCGUGAAGCAGCUAUUUCCGGAGUUUGAGUUCAUGUGGUUGGUGGAUGAAGCCAAGAAGAACCUGCCUUUGGAGCUGGAUUUCCUCAACGAGGGGAGGAACGCCGAGAAAGUGGCCCAAAUGCUCAAGCACUUUGACUUCCUAAAGGUCCCCCAGAUCUACUGGGAGCUGUCCACCAAGCGGGUCCUUCUGAUGGAGUUUGUGGACGGCGGGCAGGUCAACGACAGAGACUACAUGGAGAGGAACAAGAUUGACGUCAAUGAGAUCUCGCGCCACCUGGGCAAGAUGUACAGUGAGAUGAUCUUUGUCAGCGGCUUCGUGCACUGUGACCCUCACCCAGGCAAUGUGCUGGUGCGGAAGUGCCCGGGCACAGGAAAGGUGGAGAUCGUCCUGUUGGACCAUGGGCUUUACCAGGUGCUCACGGAAGAGUUCCGCCUGGAUUACUGCCACCUCUGGCAGUCGCUGAUCUGGACCGACAUGAAGAGCGUGAAGAAGUACAGCCAGCGCCUGGGAGCCGGGGACCUCUACCCCUUGUUCACCUGCAUGCUGACAGCCCGGUCGUGGGACUCAGUCAACAGGGGCAUUGGCCAAACUCCAGUCACCGCCACUGAGGACUCAGAGAUCCGCAACAAUGCGGCCAACUACCUCCCGCAGAUCAGCCACCUUCUCAACCUCGUGCCGCGUCAGAUGCUGCUCAUCUUCAAGACCAAUGACCUGCUGCGGGGCAUCGAGGCCGCCCUGGGCACCCGCGCCAGCGCCACCUCCUUCCUCAACAUGUCACGUUGCUGCAUCAAGGCACUGGCCGCGCACAAGAAGAAGAAUACCCAUUCAUUCUUCAGAAGGACCCAGAUCUCUUUCAGUGAGGCCUUCAACUUAUGGCAGAUCAACCUUCAUGAACUCGUUCUGCGUGUGAAGGGGCUGAGGCUGGCCAGCUGGGUGUUGGCCCUGCUCUGCUGGCUGUUCCCUGCUCCACACUGAGUGGACUUACUGUUCCCUUCCCGGUGUGACCUUGUGGUGGCCAAGGGGUCUUUUCACUCCUCACUCUUCCAUCGUGUCUCUACGCACUUGCCCCAUUUCUGCCAGUUGGUGGCCUGGAGCCCCACGGUCUCUGUCCAUGGCACCGUUGUGCUCCACCUCUGAAAUUCCUCUCCUUUGGAGCCCUUGUCUUGGGACCCCCAAGCUGUGCCAUGUGAUAGGUUUCUUUCUCUCUGUAUCCAGGGAGAAGACAUGGCAGUCUGCUUUCCCGCUCCCCAUGUGGGCCAUUGGGUUGGAUGCCCCCCCUCUUCCAUUAACCCUUCCUGUUAUCAGGAUGGACCAUGAAUCCCACUGAGGGCACAUUUAACUUGUAGGAAGUUUGAUUUUGCUGGAAGGGAGCGUCGUCUCUGAACUGGAGAACAGCUUCCUCUCCUUGCUCUGUCACUCCCCAGAGGUGCCGACCUUAGCGAGGUGGCUUGGCACCCAAGCCAGGCUCUGUUGCAGCUGUGAGUUCACUGCUGUCGUGGUGACCCUUUGGUGUUUUAUGUACUGUGAUUCAAUAAAAACCCCUUCAGGGUUGCAGAGCAGAGCUUGGUCAGUGGGAUUUUUAUUCCAGGUUGGGAGUGAAUCCACUUUGGCCACUAGGUAGGAGUGGGUCUGGAUGCCGUGUGCCAUUGUGAUCUGCUCGGCUUCUUGGCCCUGAAAUCCUUCCACCCUUCCACUGUACGGCAGCUUUCUGAUUCUUGUAUGUUUCUCUCACUUUCUAAGACUGAGACCUUGGUUGGAGUUGUUAGGAAGCCCAAGGCCAGGAACUCAGAGGCUCAGCUGAAACCUCUGACUUUGGUUACCCCGGUUUCUCACCUCAUUCCCUGUGACCUGGCACCUGCCUUGUCCUACCAAUUGGCUUCUGACUUAGCCCUUGGAUUCAUCAUUUGAUAUCCCCAGUCCUGGAGACUGUAGUCUAAAGUUCAGUCACCAUGGCUGGGCUUCCACUCUGAAACCUCUUUGUCGCCUGUUUGGACUCUACUUCUACCUUAUUGCCUGCUGCUAGCCUGCCCCUCCCCCCACUCGAUCAUCUGGUCCUGUUUUGGGGACACCCGCAAACUCCUGUGUUUGUGUGGUCUCCAGAUCCCCAAGACCCCAGAUAUGGCAGGUCCUAGCUCUCACCAAGCGCCCAGGCUCACAGAGAGUAAUUGUGUUUAAAUCUCUCCAAUCUUACUUCACUGCAUUCAUGAGGGCAGAAAAAACCCUAAAUUUAAGUCUCAUUUUCUGUUCUCUUUAUUCAUAACACAAGAAGCAGAUUUUUCACUGACCAGAGAUGAUUCACAAUCCCUUUAUUUCCUGAAAGAAUUAAUUGUUCUUAGUGACCAGUUGGAUGCACCCAGAGACCUGAGAGAAUAAUUUGCAAGAUCUGUUAUGAGUCAUGAGGAUGCACGCUGCAUAUUACAUUUUAUGGUGUCUUUUAUAGCCACUGAAGUAAAUAUAAAUGUCCUUUUUGUUCAA